CCGAGUCCCCAGCUGGGUGCCGUGUGGUAGCAGGAGCAGUAUUGGUAUUCCCACUAACGUCAUUUUCUUACAGGCUCUACCUGCAACUGCGCCAUUUUACGAAAUGUCCGCAAUGCGCUCCUCCGUGGGCGUGCUGUGCUGGAUGUGCGCCCUGCUGUGGGGGGCCCUGGAGGGAGCCCCACGCUCUUCCUUGUCGGGCUCCACCGCCUACAUCAUCACGGUGCAAGGCCUGUGCAGCAAGAUCUCGGCCCACCUGGAGCAGGUGCAAGACGAAUACCGGAGAGCAGAAGAGGUGGAAUGCUCGCGGUUGCAAGAUCUCCUCGAGGUCGCCGGCGUCCAGAGCUUGGAUGAGUCGCUGCCGUGCCCCAUCAGCAAAGUUGGCUCGGACUGCUCCCCGGUGAUGCUGUGCGUGGGGGCCAUCCUCGCCAGGCUUCGCAUCUUCCAGAGCCUCCUGCACGCACUGCCUGAGAUGGCGAGCGGGUCGGAGAUCCGCAAAGACCUCGGAACUCUGCAGGCAGAGCUCGCCAAUCAGUUCAUGGCCCCGUCGCCGGUGACGCGAGCGGAGGGGAGUGCCGAGGCGCGGAUGAGCAAUGCUCUGCGGGACCAGCUGGGCGACCGGUGGGACCGGGAGACGGCCACCGUCUGCAUCCUCGACCGCACGGACUUCGCCGUUAAGAUAGUGGCCCGCACCUUCCACCUGCUGCAGCCCUGCAGGAACUCGUUCACUUAGCGGUCUCCACCGUCCCCCACCACACCACCCCCCAUCCCCUAUCACCCCCCAUCGCCACUACCCCACAUCCCGGGUGCUGGGGUUUCCACCACGUUAGCCGGAAUAACCACAGGGAGGUGGGGGUGUUCCGGCAACCACGAUAACAAGAAGAGCCAUCUCUCGUUUUGUUUUACGAAUUCGGUUAAAAAAAACGGACCCUCAAUAUGUUCCAAGAGUCGCACAACAACGCAAUGCGUCGACGCACGAGAGCGGCGAUCCUUCAUCAGUAACGUCACGAAGCAGCUUCUUGAAGUGCCGCACGCGACCACGGAGCAGCAAAUUACCGAGCCCCUGCCCAUAACGAGGUCACUCUCUCAGCCACACAACGUGCACCCUUAAGCCAAGCCAAGUUUUCACGAUUUUUCGAGGGACUUCACGAGCUUGAGCGUUUUCUUGUUGCACGCUCACGCAUCCAAUUCGACAUGGGACGUGGUUUUUGUUGUUGUUGUUGUGUUGUUUAUUGUUCAACGACUCCUCAUCUGCCAAGGAGAGUCGAUUCGUUCACGUGCCCACAGACUCCUUGCAUCCAGUUCGAGAGAACGCGGCCCGAUGUUACCACCACGAAAGACAAAGAUCCCCCGUGUAGCCUGAACAGACUGUUGGGGCAGGUGCUGUUAGCGAGCACUUAUGAAGGCCGUCACUGUGGCACACGAGGGGGUGGGUGUCUUCGUCUCACCAGUGGCGAUGUUACUACACACCGCACCAGGAUACUCACUUGAGGCUGAGUCGACCGAAGGGGAAGCCCAGGAACCAGUUCGGAUAAUCAUCCCUGGUGUUGAUGGCCGUGAGCGGGGAUCGAACUCGGGUCUCGAUCGCGCCCUACUGUCUUGACCAUCACUACCACCAUCAGCAACAGCAACAAGAAUGGAGACGUGUAUCGGAAACGUCUCGCGAAGAUGGAAAUCCUGCCAAUCGUAAUUUGUGACGAAUAAAAAAAAGUGAACUCCUGACAAGUCAAAUCGUGGGGUUAUUAAACUUAUUUCUCGAGUGUUGUAUUUUAUCUUUGUUCGGCCUGCGCACGCAUCUCACGUGCUAUCGCGGUCUGUGCUUUAACUCCUAUAAGAUAUAUUCUUCAUUAGAACGCGAUUUUUCUAAAACACGGCGUUCUGCAGGAAUGCCGCGUUACGGGAGAGUGGACUAUACAGCAUCAUGGGAUGCUAUCAGCAGGAAUUACACUACGUCAAAUUAAAAUAUUUUUACGAGCAUUAAUAUUAUUAUUACAAUGGGAGCGAUUUUUGAAGCGCUUUUAAUGACUCUUGAAUGACUCUUGGCACGCCCUGGAUACCCACUUACCUAAGUUAAAUUCUCAAGCCACGGCUAACAUCAGUGGCGAUUGGGUCCCACUCUGAUUCACCAGUCUGCACUGACCAUGGUGAUGAAGCUUGGCCAAAACUAACCUCCUCCCUCCUCCCCCUCCAUGACCUUCAUCCAGCAGUGGAUUGCCAAAGCGAUGAGAAUUGUGAACAUGUGUUGGGUUCAUAAUAGAGGUUUUUUGGGUUAGAUCGCGUAAAUAUAUAAAUGUGUCGUUAAAACCCGCCACCACCCGACACAGCCAACUAGUAAGGGUUGUCACGUAAACAGAACGUGCCAAUUCGUCACUAGUACAGCACUAACCGGUGUGUUGGAGAGCCAAGCCACAACAUUUACAAUCUGAGUACGACGUUCCGCAUUUAUAUAUUUACGCGAUCGAACCCAAAAAACCUCUAUUAUGGAUGAUAUUGGUCACGAAAGCAUACGUGUUAAUGUGUUGGAUGACCUCACAUAUAUUGUUGAACACUGAAUACCUUUUCCGCUGUAUAGUAUAUGAUGAGUAAUAUUGAGAUUAUAUAUGUGCGUAUGAGAUGUUAAGAUAAAAAAAGCUGUUACCGUAAUAAAUAAACGCU